CAGGAAGUAAAAUCCGGAACAGGGAAAACUGAAAGAAGGAGGCAGAAAGUUAAAAACAUGCUGCAAAGACAAGCUUUAUCACUUAUCUAUUCACAGCGUCUCUAAAUGACAGAAACCGCGUCUUUUAGUCGAGCAUGUUUAACAGAAAUUUCCAGAGCAAAGCUUUUAUGGGCAGGUCGGUUCUGCUCCUGGUCCGGUUUCAUAAACUAAGGGUCCAGAUGUCCUCAGAGGAGAGGAGUCAGCUGAGGCUGACAGAGGAGGAGAGGAGCAUCCACAGAGCCCACAGGGAGGCGUGUGAGGCAAAGAAGCAGAUGUAUGUGGAUCCUUCCAGUGGGUAUAAGGUGUUCACAGAGUAUGCCCACCUUCAGAGAGGGAAAUGCUGCGGCAGCGCCUGCAGACACUGUCCAUAUGGCCAGGUCAACGUGAAGGACCCAGCAAUGAAGAAACGCUUCAACUCCCUGUUUUAUGUAUAGAGCUGUAGCUAGGCAAAGCUGCCACACACACUCCACCGUCUCCGCCUGAUUGGGCAAACAGCGUCGUGAUGAGAGGAUGUGUCUGCCGCCGCGUCCACAGCUCUCCACGGCAGGUGGGGGUCCCCAAAGUCUGGCGCUUACACUGAUCGGGCAAAAAACCCUGCGAGCGGCUACAAGGAGAUUCAUGAUCCCAACAGUGCUGAGGAGGACAGGUUCUGGGGACGCUUCGUCAGGCGGGAUGAGAGGCGGGUUUGUUUGGUGUUCAUCUAAACCGAGGCAGCGGAGCGUGCGGCGGCUGCAGCGGGACGGUGAAGGUGUCACACUCGUCAACUACACACACCUACCUGGGGCCCGCUCGCCUGCUGCAGCUCCGUGGGGUUUUUAGCCCCGGGACUUGUCUGUCACAUUAAAGUAGACGCAUUGCCAUUCAGGGCCUCGGCGGUCCCGCAGCCUGACCAUGAAAUAGGCCAACUUUCAUGUCUGCCUCAUCCCCUCCGCUUCCUCCCUUCCAGUGGUGCCACCAUUUGCCCCCCCCCCUCCCCAUCAGGCUCUUAACUAAGCAGUUGGUGACUGCGACACAGCAGCAGGAGUUAUCCCCUUUCCCAAACUAUCCUCUUAUUAAUGACUCCGAGCAUUAAACACAGCCUGCGUCAAGAUGUGUAAGGCUUUUUAAUUAAAGACUUUUACUCUUCAGUUAAAGCCUUUUACAUUUAAUGACCCAUUUUCCACCCUUAAUUGAUCUUAUUUUAGUUUUAAUGAAAUGUUACACUGAAAUACAACAUACCACGUCAAUCUAUGCCUAUGAUGUGUUGCAUCUUUUAUGUUCUGUUAUAAAUAGCGGUGAAAAGGUUACAGUUUUAUAGCAGGUUGACUAUUUUGAUGGUCAGUACACAUUUUUCACUUUUUGUAUUUUUAUUCUAAAAUAAAAGCUUUCUAUGCCUGCUGAAUCCUCAUAUGGCUGCAGAGUUUGGUAAUGGUCGCUGGCCUAAAGGCACGGUCCAGGUCAUCAGUCUAUAACAGGCAAAUGCCGAGACUCGAAGCUGGAGUACCCAGAGAGAGCCCAUCCAUACACAGGCAGAGCAGGCAAACCCCAUGCAGGAGUCUCUACAACCUUUUGGAUUUAAUUUACAGGAUGAUAGUGCUAAAUCAUACUGCCUGGACUUGAACACACUGUAAGAAAUCGAUGUUGAUAAGAAUCAGGUUUUCUUGUCUAUACGAAGUUUAUAGGAUUAUAUAUUCAUACAUAAUGUACAUAUUUUGUCAAAAAAUAUUAAAUGAGCAGUAAAAUAAAAUGUUCAGAUUACUUUUUUUUCUUUAUUAAUUUAAGUAUUUACAGCCUGAUGAUGCUUUAAAUCAAAGGUGAUUGUCCAAAAGUGGAACGUACAAUAACUUAAUAUAAAAUAAAGACUAUUUUACUAAAUCUUUUAACCUGAGCAUACAUAAAUAUGUUGCCUG